AUGGACCAGCAAUGGAUCGGCUGUAUGGUUUCUGCAGCCGUGAUUCGCACCGCGGCCGCCUGUCACAGAUACCAACUGGAUUACCCGCCCGGUCAGGAACGCUCCGGACCCUCCAUCUCGCCAUCACCGCUCAUUGUCUCUGGAAUGUGGGUGGACUCGGGGAAGGCUCCCGCUGGUCCAGCGACUGCCUCCUCCUCAUCCUUCCCCGCCAUUUCCGAACUGCAACCCCCAACGAGCUCGAUCAUUUUCAUCUGGCAAUGCUUUCCUCCGAGCAUCGUGGGGUUCCUCACCCGGCCACACGAGCCCUACGACGAGAUGGGGAAUGCGACGGCGAAUCGGCCUAACCAACGGGCUCUGGCGUUACCUCGGCCAUCCAUGGUUGCCUUUCUGACCUCUAGACCUGUCGUUUGGCCGUGGAAGUCUAUUCCUGGUGACGGCUGGGUCCGCCAUCAACACGAAUCCUGGUGGUUCGAGCAGUCCACCUCUGCCCGCCCACCAACCAGUCCACUGGCGGUCGUUGCUGCUAGUAUUUGGGAGCGCUGCCAAUACGUGCAGCACUCCGUGCCUCUGUCUGCCAAUGAUCAUCGAUCUGGCUAUUGCUCCAACGGCCGAGUCCCUCAAGGUUCCAGGUUUUUCGCCCUUCUCCACGCCCUGUCGAUCCUCUUUUCCAAGGCCAGGGUCUUCCGAUCUGGUCGUGCCCUCUCCACAGAUCUCCAGCACCUGACACCCCUCCCCGAUAGAUCAGGCAUCCCUACCAUGUACAAGUCCUCCCUCUUACCCCUACACGGCGGCGCCAGGAAACCUGGAGAGGAAGUCUUGGCAAUCCGGAUCGGCUGGGUCAUCUUCUUUGCAGAGACGUCCCUCGAGUCUUUCUUCAUCAGGCCAGUCUACGACAUCAUCGUGCAUCACGCUAGCGAUUUGCUCGGAGUGAGCCCUCCUGCUACAAACUCUGCGAAGCUACUCGCUGGCAAUCUAUCGUGA